UAGGAAUCUUUGCGCGAUUCCUCUUCCUCUCUCGCCUACUCUUAACCGGAACUUCUCUGUGAUCUCGCCGGAAUAUCUAACCCUUUUCAUCUCUACUUCUCUCUCUCUUCACUCUCUUGAUCGCCUCCGUCUUUCCAUAGACGGCCUUCCCAAGAUAAUUUUGUUGUUCUUAUGAAACUUAUUGAUAACUCGUUUCUUUCAUAAUUGUGAUCGAUGGAUGAAUACUUCACUGCUGAGGAAGACGAUUGCUAUUACUCCUCCGAUCAGGACUCUUUGGACGGGAUUGAUAACGAAGAGUCCGAUUUGCAGCAUGUGUCGUCAAGACGAUCAUCCACUCAGGUCAUCACGCAGGAAUCGCUUCUGGCAGCACAGAGAGAAGAUUUGCUAAGGGUAAUGGAAUUGUUAUCGAUUAAGGAGCACCAUGCGCGGACUCUUCUCAUUCAUCACCAGUGGGAUGUAGAGAAGUUGUUUGCUGUCUUUGUUGAGAAAGGAAAAGAUAGCUUGUUUUCUGGAGCUGGUGUGACUGUGUUCGACUAUCAAUAUGACAACACUUCCUUUUCUCAAUCUUCAGUGAUGAGUUGUGAUGUCUGCAUAGAGGAUGUACCAGGUGAUCAGAUUACGAGAAUGGACUGUGGCCAUUGCUUUUGCAAUAAUUGUUGGACGGAGCAUUUUACUGUGCAGAUAACUGAAGGUCAGAGCAAAAGGAUUAGAUGCAUGGCUCAUAGAUGCUUUUCUAUUUGUGAUGAAGAUGUUGUCAGGAAUCUAGUCAGUAAAAAGCGUCCAGAUCUAGCUGAGAAGUUUGAUCGUUUCCUUCUCGAGUCAUACAUCGAAGACAACAAAAUGGUCAAGUGGUGUCCCAGCGUUCCCCAUUGUGGGAAUGCAAUACGAGCUGAGGAUGACAAGUUGUGCGAAGUUGAAUGUUCCUGUGGUCUUCAGUUCUGCUUCAGUUGUCUGUGUCAAGCCCAUUCCCCUUGCUCUUGUUUGAUGUGGGAGCUUUGGAGAAAGAAGUGUCGAGAUGAGUCGGAGACAGUUAAUUGGAUAACCGUUCACACAAAGCUGUGUCCCAAAUGUUUCAAACCCGUGGAAAAGAAUGGUGGUUGCAAUCUCGUAAGGUGUAUUUGUGGGCAGUGUUUUUGUUGGCUGUGUGGUGGAGCUACUGGAAAGGAACACACUUAUAGAAGUAUCGCUGGUCACAGUUGUGGCCGGUACGAAGAUGGCAAGGAAAUGCAGAUGGAAAGAGCGAAAAAGGAUUUAAAUAGGUAUACACAUUAUCAUCACCGAUACAAAGCACAUACGGACUCAUCAAAGCUAGAGGAUAAACUUAGGGAUACUAUCCUCGAAAAAGUGUCAAAUUCAGAAAAGAAGGAACUGAAGCUUAAAGACUUCAGCUGGGUCACCAACGGACUCAACAGGUUAUUCAGAUCAAGACGGAUUCUUUCAUAUUCGUAUGCUUUCGCAUAUUACAUGUUUGGUGAGGAGCUGUUCAAAGAUGAGAUGAGCCCUGAGGAGAGAGAGAUAAAGAAGAAUCUGUUUGAGGAUCAGCAGCAGCAACUAGAGGGUAAUGUUGAGAAACUUUCCCAGUUCUUGGAGGAGCCCUUUGAUGAGUUUAUUGAUGAUAAAGUCAUGGAGAUAAGGAUUCAAAUCAUCAAUUUGUCUGUUGCGGUCGAUAGCCUCUGCAAGAAAAUGUACGAGUGCAUUGAGAAUGACUUACUUGGUUCUCUCCAACGUGGUAUCCACAACAUCGCACCUUACAGAUCAAAGGGGAUCGAACAAGCAGCUGAGUUUUAUGCUACCUGGAAUUCUAAAGGUGCUGACAAAUUCCAACCUUUGGAUAGUAAUUGCACAAGUGGGGAGACAUCGAGGCCUGAGCAAGCUUCAGGAUCGAGGAACUCGGAAGACACCAUUAGCUCUUCUUCACAGAAACGUCUGAAGAAAGAAGGAAGUUUCAUAAACAGCAAAGUCACUUUAUUGGACUUGAACUUGCCUGCUGAUUUCAUCGACCAAAACUGAACUCAAACUCAAAUCAAAUCCUCUUUUUUUUGUCCAUAUAAUACGACAGAGCAAAAAAGGGUUUGCCUAUAUCUUCUUCAAGAUUCGUGAGUCGUGACUUAGACUAAUUAUUUUCUUUCUUAUAGUUUUUGGUUUCAUACAACUCUAGUAAUGGCCUAUUUUUCCUUGUUCUAGUCUUCUUCUGAUAUGUAGAUUUCUGGUUUCAG